AUGCAGAAAAACAUCGCCAUCUGCGCCAUAAUCCUCGUCACCCUGGGAGUAAUCAUGGCCUCCUGGCUGGCAUUUCGCUGCUGGAAAAGGAGAUUCAAACGUGAAUUGCUUGUGACCUACCAUAUUGGAAAACAGCGCAUGCCAGUUAAGGAAUUAGCUUCGGUGCAAGCACCCUCAACGUCGACAUCCAGCUCCGGCGGACCAGUUGAACGGAAUGAAAAACCUGCAAGGAAGAAGAGGGAGAGGAGAGUUACACGCGAGACAGACGCAAAACAGAUGAGGGAUUAUGUGAGCAGACAGCGAGAGGUUUUGACUGCACCACCUGCUCCCCCUCCCCCCCCGACACAAGCUUCUCCUCCUACUACCACUACAACUGCAAAUAUACCAGAGGACAAAGGUAAGCAGCCCGAUACGAGCGAGUGGUCAGCCGACAAUCCCACGCCAGCUACCGAACAGAGCAGCCCUAGUGUACCCGCGCAAGGGGAAUGGUCGAGCACAAGCAACGCAGAAAUGUCGUCUGAAUGGGGCCAACAAGCAACGCAGUCGGGGCCAAGUCAGGGAGAAUGGAGCGCAGGACAGAAUUCGCCAAUAAAAGAUAGCUGGUAAUAGUUCGGGUUGUUUUUUUCUUUUCGGGACUUAUGGAAAGGCAAAUGCGGGAAUAUAUCUUGGAUGUUGGAUGAGAUGGCUACUGGCAAGACAGGAUUUUGCUUGCCACAACGUCCAAGAGCUGGAUUAGUUUAGGGAAUCUACUAUCUACCAACUUAUUUCCAAGGAC